AUGAAGCUCGAAGACGAGGACAAAACAGCUUUUCGAACCGACCUCGGCAUCUUCUGUUACACAAAAAUGCCGUUCGGCCUCAAGAAUGCUGGCGCUACGUACCAGCGCCUGAUGGAUAAAAUCUUCGCUGAUGAUAUUGGGAAACACAUCGAGGUUUACAUCGAUGAUCUAGUGAUCAAGAGUCCAGAAGAAGACCAAAAGCUGAAGGAUAUCGAGAAAACAUUCAACUCGUUGAGAAAUGUGAACAUGAAAUUGAAUCCUGCCAAAUGUUCCUUUGGUAUGGAAGAAGGGAAGUUUUUAGGCUUCAUAGUCACAAAUGGCGGCUUCAAAGUAAACCCAGAGAAGGUUCAAGCGAUAGAGUGGAUGCCAUCACCAAAAACAAUCAAGGAGAUGCAGCGGUUAGCCGGCCGCUUAGCCGCGCUCAACCGAUUCCUAUCAAAUCACGCCGCAAAGUCAUACCCUUUUAUCAGCACCUUGCGCAAUUGCGUAAAGAAACAAGAGUUCAAGUGGACGCCAGAGGCGGAAGCGGCUUUUCAGCAGAUGAAAGAAUGCUUGAUCAAACUCCCUACACUGACCGCGUCAUAUGAAAAGGAACCACUCAUACUAUACUUAUCUUCUUCAGAUAAGGCAGUGGGGUCGGUACUCAUGGUAGAAAGAAACGGGGUACAAACUCCAAUUUAUUAUGUUAGUAGGGUGCUUACCGACCCAGAAACAAGAUAUUCAACAAUGGAGAAGUUGGUACUGGCACUGCUUCACUCUUCUAGAAGGUUGCGCAGGCCGCGCCCAGCUAUCAAGGGGCAAGUCCUUGCAGACUUCGUCACUGAAGUUCCAGUGAAAAAAAUCAAAGAUUGUGAGAUCGUUGAGACUCCCACGAAAGAUACAUCUGACGGAGUAUGGUUGUUAUACACUGAUGGGUCAUCAAACGAGGACGGCGCAGGAGCAGGAUUGCGCCUCGUGAGCCCCGACAAGCAUGAAUUUACAUACGCCAUCAAGUUGGACUUCAAGAACACCAACAAUGAAGCGGAAUAUAAGGCAUUUCUGGCAGGCCUGCGCCUUGCCAUAAAGAUGGGAGCUCAAAAUCUACAAACACAUGUCGAUUCACUUUUGAUUGCUAGUCAAAUCAAUGGACUUUCCGAUGCAAAGGGCGAGGUCAUGGCCCUAUAUUUAGAACAAGCGAAAGAGUUACUUCAGCGCUUCAAGACAUACAAGGUGGUUCACAUCAAUCGCUCUGAAAACAAACCAGCAGACGCUUUGAGCAAGCUCGCUUCAACCUCCUUUCAACAUCUAGCCAAAGAUGUAAGGAUUGAAGUACUCAAGAAUCCAUCAGUCUUGCUGCGCAAAGUAAAUGUAAUCGAAGUAGGGCAGCCAUCCUGGAUGACUCCUAUAAUUCAAUAUCUGCGAGACGGGAUACUCCCAGAAGGCAAAGCAGAGGCGAGGAAGAUUCAAAACAAGGCCUUACACUAUGAAAUGAAUGAUGGUAUUUUAUACCGAAAAUCCUAUUUAGGGCCCCUAUUGCGUUGUGUAGUUGCGCAUCCUCAAGGUAACGAUCAGGUAGAAAGUGUAACGGUCAAAAGUGGCUAG